GGGCCGCGGCCGCGGCCGGGAUCGCCGCGAUGUCGCCUGAGCCGGGCCGGGGGUUGGGGGGCGGGGGCGCGGCCUCCCGUCGCCGGGACCCCGCCCGGGCCGCUCGACUCGACCACGGUGCCCGAGCGCCGGGCCCGCGCCCCCGGCCCGGCUGACAGCUGGCGCGCGGUGGGCCCGCGGACGGUCGCACCCGGGGCGCGUGUUCCGGGCUGCAGGGUUUGGUGGAGGAAACACCUGAAGUGGUGGAAAGUUGGUGCGGACACCCGGCCCGGCCGCAGCCGCGGGGAUGGGAUAGACGGGGCACGGGCCCAGGGACUCGGGAGAACGCGGGGGCAGAAGUGCCCGGCCGGUGUGAAGUUUACGCGCUGACCACGCGGGCGCCUGUGCGCGCGGGGCGGGACCGGGCGCCGCAGUCGUGGGGGAAGCCCGGUGCUGGGGUGGGGGGCGCCGGACGGCGGCCGAGCGGCUCCGCGCAGCAGCAGACAGGUGCUCUUUGGGCGUCUUUCCUGAAGUCCUUUGCCCUCCGCCACUACAGCGAAUCGCCUUACAAGUUACGUUUUUAGGAUUUUCCUCUAGAUACAGUAUUUUAUUUUCAGUGCACUUCCAGGAAGAGGCACCCAGGGGCCUUAUUUACGUUUGUCUUAGGAAGCAGAUGAGACCUUCCUUAUUACUACAUGCUUCUGAUGCUUUUUAGCUAUUGUACGUGUUUCUGGGUAGGACCAUUCAAGUUUAAGUAGUGAAAAUAUGAAUGAAAUUGCAAAGCAUAAUUUCAAGUGUUUUUUCCAAUUGCGGUUGUUUUUCUAGACCGAAGUAAAGGUGGAGUCAUUUGUGUAUCUUCUUUUGUGUUUUUUCUGUGACCCACACCAUCCCUGUUACUUAAGAGAAUUGCCAGCCCCCUUGACUCUCCUUGUAUUUUGGGUGAAUUUCAGUAGACAAAUACAUGCACCUCUCUGGAAGCAAGUCCCUGCCAAGCUGAGCCGUCAGGAGAAACUUCUGUUGGCAUUCUCAUGUUCCUAAAAAAGGGAAGUUCUUUGCUUUGAAGUUAACUCUGAUCAGAUCAGUCCAUAGGUUUUUUUUUUUCUUCCAGCUUUAAGAUCAAGUCCAUAGUUUUGAAAAAGCCACUUUAGAUUUUCAUGAGACGAGUGUGGUCAUGCACCAGUGUGAUAAUGGCGCAACCUUGUGACUUUUUAUAUUAAUUUUUGAGGUUUUCUCUAUAUCAUGGUGAUAAAAUUAGGAGACGAUGAAGGAUUUAGUUGGAGUUUUUAGAAAGUGCUCUGAAUAAGCCAAAUUUCAAUUAUGAAUUAAUUUCCAUACAAAGUUAUCUUGUGAGAGGAAACCGUGUACUCAGGGUUUUCCAAUGGGCUGUCCGUGCAGGGAUGCACACUUCCUGUAAUCCUUAAACAGAUCAUAUCUGCUCAUCAUGAUUUACAUUUUCUCAGGAAAAGAUCUAGAAAACUUAAGAGAGAGUCUGUGACUCUUCAAGAAGGUAAUCUCCUAUCUUGGAAGAAAGCUCAGACUUGCGUUCACGUCACAGGUGUUUGCUUGACACCCCUUCCUCCUCCACUGUUCUGGCUAAUUCCCGAUGGUUUUGGACAUGAAAACUCUGCCCUGUUUUUCAGUGUCACCGCACAGAGGAGGAGGUUUGUGAGUAACUCAAGCUGUGCAGAGAAUGUUCCUGACGCAUGGGGAAAGGUUUUAAGUGAAUUUUUAGGGUCACCGAUUGAAUUCUGUGUUUGCGCGAAGGAGCCGAUGCGGAAUUUACGUAGCAAAGGAAACGUGUGUACCUGUAUUUCAGAUCCCUGUCUGGCGAGGAGUUUGGAGCGUGGCUAGCACCGGGCAGUGGAGCUGUUGCGGCAUGAAGAGCGGUGACGGCGACUAAAUCUGAUUUGCUGGAGAACAGAAGCAGAACCACGGAAAGGCUGGUUCCAGAUGCCGUCCAGACGCACAGUGAAUAGGUAGCCCUCGCCUUUCAAGGCCAGAGUAGCCUCCAAAGUUUUAGGACAGUGGGAGCCCUUACAAGUUGGCGCCUAGAUCCUUCUGACACAAUUCUCGUCCUCUCUCAGAGGUUCCUUGCUCUCUGGUGUGCCAGAAUAUUCUAGGCUCAUUUUGUAUUCUUCCUGCCCAAGACCUGCAAUCAGCCAUUCCUUCAAAAGCCCUGGUCUUCUUUAAUGGGAAAUGAUGUUUCACAACUAUAGUCUGGAUGUCAGGAGUAUUUUUGCUGAGUACUGAAUUCUGGUUUGGCUUUUAUUUUUUUCACAACUAUGAAGAUAGCAUUCCUUUGUCUCCUGGUUUACGUUGCUUCUCUUGAAAGAUAACGCAGAAGGAUCGCUGUGCCACCAAGAUGACGGCGAUCCUGCGUCUGAGACAAGCAGGUCCCCGCUGCGCGAACGCGUGUCUGCACCGUGGAGUGUUUAAGAGUAGAACUUCUGGAAGGCAGCGGUCCGCACCCUGAUGACGUGCUCACCAGUUCCCUGAUCUACUCCUCAGUGAGAUUUAUGAUUGGCCAUAUUCAUAAACAUCCCGGAAGAUAGGAUUCUCCUGAAAGAACUGAAGAUAAUGUACAUUUGGGGGCACAAAGGAGCAUUUGCAUCAGUUUUCUACCAACGCAGGCGGUCAGCAUCGUGAGGCAGCCAGAAUAGUUAUGGUCAGUCAUGGAGAAUCACCAGGAGACGCGUCCCGAAGCGGGUGGGGAUUUUGUUUCUGAUCAAAUACAUUUUAAAAUAGAAGAGGAAGAUGACGAUCACAUCGCUGAUCACAGUUUGGAAAGAAUGGACUUUAGAAAUGAGCAGGAGAACAGGAAACGGGCUGGCAGCGGGGAUGAACGGGCAGAGGGCAGAGAGGCGAGCUGUGGCUGCCAGCCCCCGGGGAGGCGCGUCUCUCCUGACCCCGAGGACGACUACGGGGCCCUAUUGUCACAGUAUAACAGCACGCUGUACAGCGUGGCCAUGGAGGCCGUGACGCAGAGCCUGCUCUCCGGCCGCGGCAUCAGCUCCAGGAAGAAGUCCCCGGCUUGGAAGCAUUUUUUCAUCUCACCCCGGGAUAGCACGAAGGCCAUCUGUACGUACUGCAUGAAGGAGUUCAGCAGGGGCAAGAACGAGAAGGACCUGAGCACCAGCUGUCUGAUGCGGCACGUGAGGCGGGCGCACCCCACCGUUCUUGUGGAGGAAAACGGCAGCGCGCCGGCCCCGGCCCCCCUCCCUGCCCCUCUGCCGCGGCUCCCGCCGCCACCCACUGAUGCCGGAGACCCGGGCACCGUCCUGUCACCUGGCAAACUCGUCCCCAGAACGGCCUCUAAGAGCCCAUCUCCCCAUCAGGUGACAGAGGAACUUGGCUCUGUGGUUUCUUCCGAAGAGGCCCCCUCCGACGUGUCAGUCUCUGAGAGGUACAGCAGGGAUGAAGCCCUGGCGGGGCCGCCUCCCCAGCCCCCCAGCCUCCACUGCGACGAGCCUGCAGAGAACGGGGCUGAGAAAAACCUCCCCCUGCCCAGGAGCGCAUCCGGGUCCAGGAGGAGGUCUGCCGUCUGGAAGCACUUCUACCUGUCGCCCCUGGACAACUCCAAGGCCGUGUGCAUCCACUGCAUGAACGAGUUCAGCCGGGGCAAGAACGGGAAGGACCUGGGCACCAGCUGCCUCAUCAGGCACAUGUGGCGGGCACACCGCUCCAUCGUGCUUCGGGAAAACGGCGGGGGCGCUGGCGUGCCGCCCCCCUACUCUGCACCCCCAACCCUGCUGCCCACCCCGCCGCCGCCUGACGGAGAGCCCAGCCCCACGUCCUCGUCUCCGGGGAAGCCGGUGCAGGACUCCACCUCUGCGCCCUCCUCCCCCGACCGGCUGGUGGAAGACCCGCCAGCACACUGGAACCUCGGAGACUCACAGGUGGAAGACGCGUGGGCAUUGUCCUCCUCCUCUGACGUGGGUGAGGCCUCAUGGGCAUCCUCUCCCGAGAAGCAGCCAGGCGACACGCCCAGCCCUCGCCCACUCGAGUCCGGUGCCGUGUUCCAGCAGAACAAGAAGGUCAUGAGGAGGCUGAAGUCGGAAGUCUGGCAUCACUUCUCGCUGGCCCCCACGGACAGCCUCAAGGCUGUGUGCAGGCACUGUGGCUGCGUCAUCAGCCGGGGCAAGAAGGGAGACGUGGGCACGAGCUGUUUGAUGCGGCAUCUCUACAGGCGCCACCCGGAGGUUGUUGGGAACCAGAAGGGCUUUCUGGGGGCCAGCCUGGCGAAUUCGCCAUACGCCACCUUGGCUUCUGCAGAAACGUCCUCCUCCAGAUUAACUGACCUGCCGACCAUGGUCACAAAAAGCAAUCAAGUUAUGUUUCCCGUCAACAGCAAAAAGACCUCCAAGUUGUGGAAUCACUUUUCUAUCUGCUCCGCAGACCCCACGAAGGUCGUGUGCUUGCACUGUGGCCGGACGAUCAGCAGAGGCAAGAAGCCGACCAACCUGGGCACCAGCUGUCUCCUGAGGCACCUGCAGAGGUUCCACGGCGGCGUGCUGAAGCCCGACGCCCCCAGGACGGCGCCACCCUCCCCUCCUGGUGCCCGUGGGCCCCUGAGCUCAGAGUCGGCAGGCGCCUCCUCCUGCGAUGACACCAGCGAGAAGUUUUAUGAUUCGCAUCCAGUUGCCAAAAAAAUAACAAGUCUCAUUGCUGAAAUGAUCGCACUUGACCUCCAGCCGUACUCGUUUGUGGACAACGUUGGCUUCAACAGGCUGCUCGGAUACUUGAAACCUCAGUACUCUCUGCCCCCUCCGUCCUACUUCUCCAGGACGGCCAUCCCAGGUAUGUACGACAAUGUGAAACACAUCAUCAUGUCACAUCUCCAGGAAGCCGAGAGCGGUGUGGUCCACUUCACGUCUGGAAUCUGGAUGAGCAGCCAGACCCGGGAGUACCUGACCCUCACCGCCCACUGGGUCACCUUUGAGUCGUCGGCCCGACCGCACCGCGAGGACCACCACUGCUCGGCGCUGCUGGACGUGUCGCAGGUCGACUGCGACUACAGCGGCGGCAGUGUCCAGAAGCAGCUGGAGUGCUGGUGGGAGGCCUGGGUGACGUCCACUGGCCUGCAGGUGGGCAUCACAGUCACCGACAGCCCCAGCAUAGGGAAGGCGCUGAACGAGGGGGCCCGCUCGAGCGUGCAGUGCUUCAGUCACACGGUCAGCCUCAUCGUCAGCGAGGCCAUCAAGAGCCAGAGGAUGGUCCAGAACCUACUCAGCACCGCACGGAAAAUAUGCGAACGGGUCCACCGGUCGCCCCGGGCGAAAGCGAAGCUGGCAGAGCUGCAGAAGGAGUACGAGCUGCCGCCCCACCACCUCCUCCAGGACGUCCCGUCCAAGUGGAACACGUCGUUUCACAUGCUGGAGCGGCUUAUCGAGCAGAAGAGGGCGGUGAACGAGCUGUCUGUCGAGUGUAACUUCCGGGAGCUCAUCAGCUGCGACCAGUGGGAGGUGAUGCAGUCCGUGUGCCGUGCGCUGAAGCCCUUCGACGCCGCCAGGCGGGAGAUGAGCACCCACGAGUCCACGCUCAGCCAGGUCAUCCCCAUGAUCCACAUCCUCAACAGGAGGGUGGAGAUGCUGUUUGAGGAGACCAUGGGCAUCGACACCAUGCUCAAGUCCCUCAGGGAGGCCAUGGUGAGCCGCCUGUCCGCCACCCUCCACGACCCCAGGUACGUGCUGGCCACCCUGCUGGACCCGCGCUACAAAGCCUCCCUCUUCUCCGAGGAGGAGGCGGAGCAGUACAAGCAGGACUUGAUCAGGGAACUAGAAACGCUGAAUUCUACCUCAGAGCCCACGCCCGUCUCCAACGGAUGCGACCCGGGCUCCCCACCGCGAGACUGUGCCGGCGAGGAGAGCCUGUGGUCACUCAUGGCCAAGAUGAAGAAGACCGAGCCCAGAGGGAGGACGAAGGUCCCGGAGGACAUGGUGCUCGCGUACCUGGAGGAGGAGGUGCUGGAGCACAGCUGUGACCCGCUCGCCUACUGGAACCUGAAGAGGGCGGCCUGGCCGGGCCUCUCCACCUUGGCCGUGCGGUUUCUGGGCUGCCCCCCGAGCAUCGUUCCCUCCGAGAGGCUGUUCAGCACACCCACUGAGAACGGCAGCUUUGGCCAGUCCCGGCUCACGAUGGAGCAUUUCGAGAAACUUAUUUUUCUGAAAGUGAAUCUUCCCUUAAUAUGCUUCCAGUAUUGACGCUCACGGUGGAGCCACCGGACGAGUAGCAGCACCGGCCCCGGGCUGGCGGCUCGCUGCGGUCGGGGCCCUGCGGGACAGCAGGCCGGGCGCUCAGGUCCACAUCCACGGGAGGUUCCCGUCCCGGCCCUCGCCGUCACGUCCACAUGUGCCUUACCCAGUCCUUCAGGCCAGGUACCACGGUGUGUUUUUUAAGAAGUCCAGUAGAAACAGCCUGUCUUGUCAGUUAUGAAAUACAAUGAUUAGGUUUUCAUUCAUAACUGUAAAAUUGUUUAAAAGUUGGGGGUUAGGAGUUUGUUUUACUAGAAUGGCGGAGGAGAUAUAAGCAGUUUUAUUCAGUAGGCUUCUUAUUGGAUUAUGUAAAAACCACAAAUCAGGUACUGUACUUUAGUUUAAAAUUGCUUUAGUUGCAACAAAACCGCUCUUGUGGCUGUCAGACAAAACCUGUGUACAGGAGGUGGAGUUCAAGCCAUCCCGACCGAGCAGUUCCUGGCUGCGGGCUCCAAAGUACGUUCAGGGGACGGUGAGUGUUCUGGGAGGUGACUGUUUACACGACAGAGACGUGGCUUUCGAAGACAAGCCUGCACUCACACGUAUCCCGGAAUGUCAGUCAUGUAGGGUUCAGGGGAGAGAGCACUGCCGUUUCAGGGGUUUGCCCUCGGUGCCACGUGGGCUGUUAGCUCGGACACAUCCCCGCCAUUCACAGCGAGCGCCGGCGGUGCCUGCUGUGUAGCUAGUGCACAGCGUGACGCGUUUACAGCAUCCUGUUGAUGGAAUCUCCAAGCCUCUGGCUCAGUGGCUCUACACCAUGAAGCUGUCUUGAAAUUUGUGCACUGACCCCCAAUUUGAUCAAAUUAUGUAUACAGUCCUUUUAGAAGAGGUGGCUUAUUAACAGGGAAGAAGAUUGCUAUAAUACAGUUGUAAGAAUAGCCUUAGGUGUUUAGAUUUUCUUUUUGAUAAUAGGGAAGAUUCAGCCAUCAAUGGGAUAUUUUAGAAUCCCAAGGACAUCAAAAUGGAGUAUCAGUCAUCAGGUUUUUUUAACAAUAAUACGUCUUCAAAGUUUUUGCCUCAGUGUCUAGAAAAGGGUUCAUUUUCUUAUUUCGAACCAGGUAAAUAUUCUGGGUGAAACAAGUCACUGAUUUGCCUGUGACCUUUUAGAAAAGUUGUCGUUUUGUUAAAAUACUGUACCUGUUAUUAAUCUGAAUUUGCAUUGACUACGUUUUAGUGUAUUUAUAAAUGGUGAACCCAGUUUCUGAAAUUAAACUUUUUAUUUGCAAUUUUCUA